AUGGCUUCCGGCUAUGCAGAUAUUCCUACAUACCAGCCCAUUGGUGAUGUUCACGUGUCCCCAAAUUCUGGAAGGAGGACAUUUAUACCAGAUGUCGACGAUUCGAUUAAACCUCAGAUGCAUAUGAUGUUUGAUUCGCUCGAAAAUGCCUUUCUUUUUUACCAAAGAUAUGCUAAGGCAGGAGGUUUCACAGCUAGGAAGGGUACUCAAUACGAGCCUCAAAAGGGUGUCAUACAUAAUAAAUACUUCCUAUGCUCAAAAGAGGGUACUAAACCCUUUAAGGCGUCUGACUCGACUCAGGAAGCUGGUAGUUCUAAUGAUAACUCGAAGACUAAGAUUACUCGCAGGGUUCCUUCUAUAAGGACCGGAUGUGAAGCGUGCAUACGGGUUAAGUUAACCCCGGAUAAUCUUUACGAGGUUUAUUACUUCGAGGAGUCGCUUAAUCACUCAUUUGUUGCUGAAGAUUAUAGGUACCUGCUUCCUGAAAACAGAGGAAUCAAUUACGUACAGGAAGAAGCCGUAAAUGCUUUGAGUGCCAUAAACGUUGGUCCAGUUAGAGCGUUUAACAUUAUGAGGACUCUUUAUGGAGGGUUUAACAAGGUAGGUGCCACGAAAGUUGACUUCAAAAACUUCAAGAGAGACUUCAAUAGGUACAUAGCUGAGUACGAUGCUGACAUGGUUAUUAAACGCCUAAGAAGGAAGAAAGAAUUUAUGCCCAAUUUCUCUAUGGAAUACCUAACAACUGACGAUGGCGUUUUACGGGCGUUGUUCUGGGCCGAUGGAGAUACAAAGAGAAAUUUUCAUAUGUUUGGGGAUGUUGUUUCCUUCGAUGCUACUUAUCGUCGUAACAAGCAUUUGGGCGCACCACCUGUGAUUGUAACUGAUCAAGACCCAGCGAUGAGGAAAGCUAUUCAAGAUACUUGGCCUGAAAGUAGGCACAGGCUUUGCAUGUGGUAUAUAAUGGACAAACUUACUACUAAGUUUUUUAUAUCUGAAUAUGUCGUUGGCGCCAACCUAUGCAAUAGUACUGAUUUUAAGAAGAGGUUGUGUGGUAUUGUUUGGACUGAUGCAUUACUACCCGAACAGUUUGAAACCGAAUGGGGUGUUAUAUUGGCUAAUUUUGAUUUGGUGAAUCAUGAAUGGUUACAGUCAAUUUAUCAUAUUAGGGAUACAUGGAUCCCUACGUACUAUCGUGAUGAACACAUGUCUGGGCUGAUGCGUACUUCAUCACGUUCGGAAACUGAGAACCAUUUCUUUGGGCAGUUUUGCAACCCGAACUGUACGCUUGUUGAAUUCUUGGGGCAUUUUGACUUUGCAAUUGAAGCCCAAAGACACGAGCACAGGAAGAAUGAUCACGAUACUAGGCACACGAACCCUGAAAUAUUUGCAAAAGAGUUUGUCUUAGAACAACAGGCGGCAAACAUAUACACAUGGACAAUUUUCUUCGAUGCGCAACUUGAAAUUCUGACAGCCAUUCACAAGUGUGGUAUUGGAAAAUGGGAUGAAUGA